CGGCGUUCGGGCGGCCCUGAUAUUUUCACCAUUUUCCAUUAUCGAGUUGUUCGUUCGCCGGGGUCUGUAAGGUCGUAGGUACUUUGUUAAUGAACAAGUAAUUUAUUUUAAAAUCUCUAUUAUAGAGACAAAUCAAUAUUCCAGAUACCCACUCGAGCGUUUACGACCACGUAGGUUCAACCUACAAAGAAAUAAAAAGAGGCAAAAUGCAGUUUAACAGCUUUCAUAAUCAACAUCCUAUCUUCAGACCUCGUCUAGAUCGAAAUGAACAAUUCGGUAAGAUGCCAUUUCUUAAUGGCAUGCAUGAUUUCGGUGGGCCCAAAAACUUUCAACCAAGAAAUGGCAUGGGUAACAAAAAUUUCAGGCCCAGAGGUGACUUCAAUAAUGGAAUAAGAAAUGAUUUCAACAACCAUAAAAAUGACAACCAGAAUGAUUUUGGUGGGCCCAAAGACUAUAGGCCUAGGAAUAAUUUUAAUAACCAGGGCCAAAAGACCAAUGAAUAUGAUGGUGAUAAAGGCUCUGGUGGAAACAUGCAGUUCUAUAAUGGAAAAAAUGAUUUUGGCGGGCCUAAGCAACAAAGUUAUCAGAAGUACUCUGGGCCAAAAAAUUUCAACAAUCAGAACGGGCACAUGAAUGGCCAGCAAUCCUUUGUUCCUAAAAAAAUAUUUAACAAUAGUUCCGCACAGCCGUUAGAUUUUAAUGAUCGUAAAUUACAAAGUCGCAAAGCCAAACACCCCGGAGACAGUCUAAUCAAACCGCAGUGGGAUAUGGCCAAUCUCGGCACCAUUCAGAAGAACUUUUACAAGCCUCACGCUAACGUAGAAGGGCGUUCCGACGACGAUGUGCAAAGAUUCCUGACCGCAAAGGAAAUAACUGUCAGCGGAAAUGACGUACCCCGACCUAACCAAGUGUUCGACGAAGGCAACUUCCCCGAACACGUAUUGAACACUAUCAAGGAGCAGGGUUGGGAUGAACCGACAGGCAUUCAAGCCCAAGGUUGGCCCAUCGCGCUCUCCGGUCGUGACAUGGUGGGUAUCGCGUCAACAGGUUCGGGCAAGACAUUGGCGUACAUGCUGCCUGCAGCUGUACACAUUAUGCAUCAACCGAGGAUUCAGCGCGGGGAUGGUCCGAUUGCAUUGAUCUUGGCACCGACGCGCGAGCUCGCACAACAAAUACAAUCAGUCGCUCAGGCGUACAGCGCUAACGGUUGCAUCAGAAACACGUGCUUGUUCGGCGGAUCGCCCAAGGGGCCACAGGCUAGAGACUUGGAGAGAGGCGUAGAGAUCGUCAUCGCAACUCCGGGACGCUUGAUCGAUUUCCUCGAAAGGGGAACUACUAAUUUACGCAGAUGCACCUAUUUGGUUUUGGACGAAGCGGACCGGAUGUUGGACAUGGGUUUCGAGCCUCAGAUCCGUAAAAUAAUUGAGCAAAUUCGUCCUGAUCGUCAAGUUCUGAUGUGGUCUGCGACCUGGCCAAAAGAAAUCCAGGCUCUCGCUGAAGAUUUCCUAAAUGAUUACAUCAAAGUGAACAUUGGUUCAUUGAAUCUCUCUGCUAAUAAUAAUAUUAAACAGAUAAUUGAAGUGUGCGAAGAACACGAGAAGGAGCAGAAAUUGGAAAACCUUUUGAAAGAGAUUUCAUCUGAGAAGGACAACAAGGUCAUUGUUUUUGUUGAGACCAAGAAGAAGGUUGACGACAUAGUGCGCGCAGUGCGUCGCGGCGGGCACAAGGCGCUCGCCAUCCACGGCGACAAGUCGCAGCCGGAGCGCGACGCCGUGCUCACGGAGUUCCGUAACGGCGCCACCACUAUUCUGAUCGCCACCGACGUCGCCGCACGUGGUCUGGACGUCGAAGAUGUCAAAUUCGUCGUCAACUUCGACUACCCCAAUUCGUCCGAGGAUUAUAUUCAUAGAAUUGGUCGUACCGGCCGUUGCCAACAAUCCGGCACUGCCUACACUUACUUCACGAGCGGCGACGCGCGCCAAGCUCGCGCGCUCAUGGCUGUUCUGCUGGAGACUGGACAGAACCCACCCGCCAAGCUGAUGGAUAUGGCUAGAAACAACAAUAACAACUCAAGCCGCAAUCGUUGGCAACAGCGCAAAGAGAAUAACAACAGCGGUACAAGCUCACCGCGCCAAAAGAAUAACCAGUGGAACAACAAGAUGGCCACCAUGUCCAAUGAGGAGAAUCAAAACAAUACUUAUCAAAACCGUAACCCGAACAAUCAACAAGCACCUCGCUUCAACAACCAGAACCAAAACAACAACCAGGGCUACAGGCAAAACAACUAUCAACAGAAGAUGCCCCCCUUCCCCAGUCCCAAUGUUUUCGACUCUAUGGGAAGCUACCAGGGAGGAUAUAACGGUGGAUAUCAAAAUGCCUACAACAACCAAAAUGGCUAUGGACAACAACGCCAACAGUUCAAUACAAAUCCUCGCAAUGGUGGCCAACAAUACCAUCGCAAUACUAAUUCGGUUGGCAACAAGUCUGCUGGAUCUGGAUCUUCAUACGGAUCCCCUCCUCCUCACUUUGCUACACCCCCACAUUACCCGCAGAUGCAUCCGCAUCACCAGGAAAUGCUUGGCAACAAGUACUACGGCGGCGGAGUGGGCGGCGGCGGCCCGUGCGGCUACCAGGCGGCGGUGGGCGCCGGCGUGCCGUACGCGCACCUGCCGCCCGGCUCGCUGCUGUACGCCGCCGCGCCGGUGCAGCAGUAGGCGACGUCGCUUGCCUCUUUCUCGACCAUUUCUUUUUUUAAUUCUUUCGUUUCGAUGCCCCUAUGAUCCUUUGUGAGCACGUAAUAUUUGUCUGCUACAUGUAUAGCACUGUGAAAAAAAAUUCAUACUCGAAUAUUCCACACGGUUUUGAACAUUCGCCUUGUUUUCGCAGUAAUAUAUGAAUAAUUGCCUAUUAUUUUUGAUGAAACUAUUAUUGAAAAGUAUUAAGUUGACAUGACAUUUUUUUUGCACAAGUCCAAUGCUAUAUAUUUAUUUGUAUUGGUGUAGAGUCGUAUUCGCGAAUGUUAAAAAUCAUAACACUAAUUGUUACAUCAUAGUAUCAUCUUUUAAUAUAGACGUUAUUGUUGUACUUAGAGUGUCAAUGUUUGUAUUUUUGUGCUCUCCAACGAGGGGUAUUUGAUGUUCUUUUUUGAAAAUUAUAUUAGAAUAUUCUUAUUUUUUUUUAGAUCUGAAUGAAGCUUGCAAACAUAUUUGAUAAGUAAAUGGACAAAUUGUCUUCUCUUUGUUUUGACAAGGAAAAGAACUGCAACCUUUAUGUGCGCUAAAUGUGCAACUCUUUCAUAAUUCUAAAUGCUUUGUGAAUUUCUCUUUCAGAUCGAUUUAAUAAAUGUAUGAUUAAUAUAAGCGUGUUAGAUUUAAAUCUGGUUUAUUAACUGUUGACCACUAGUAUUUACAAUAAUUUAUUCUCAAGAGAGAAAAACUUAUUCAAAAUUAACUAGCAUUUAAAUGAAGCAUUUACUGUUUGUGGACUUCAUAUCACAAUUUGUAAAUUUCAAAAUUUAAAAUGUACUGUUGACGAAGUAAGUUAACUUCUCGAGUUUUUCAGAUAUAUGUAAUAGAGUUGUUUGUAAUAUAAAAAUAAUGAUAAAUAUUUUUUUGACAUUGAAAAUAAUAACAAUAUUUAUUGUCAAUGAAAAAUAUAAGAGAUGUAAAUAUGGUCAACAGUGAACGACCACGGGGUGGAAUGUUGUUCUGCCUGUAGAUGUUAAUCACUAUAAUUGUUAGAGUAGUCGGUGUGGUACCCUCUUGUGUAAUCCCGGGUGCCUUUCGUUUAAAAUGUCUGUAUGAUGUACGAAAUGCACGAAACAUAUAGAAGAUGAGUAAAAUUUAAGGGGGAAUUCAAGGGGCGGAUAAAAGCUGAUAUUUUAUAUAGAUUAUUUUUAUUGUUAAUGAUGAUCUUAUCCAGUGAAUGUGUGCGGGACAACUUAGUGUAAGAAAAUUAAAGAUGCUUUUGAUAUACUUUAAACAAUCUGUAUUGCCAGAUAAAAUUGUGAAUAUUUUUCUUUGUGAUGAUGACAUGUCAGGUCAUGAUUUUGAGGUUAUAUAUUUUUUAUUAUUCAUGAUUAGAUCUCGAGUAUAACGCAUAGAGAUAUUAGUCUAUAGCCGGAAGACUAUUAUAAUAAAUAGCUGGAUUUCGAAUGCAGUUAUAUGAUAGUAUAUUUCCCAAAAAAAUUACGAAAGUUGUAAAUACGUGCAUUUAACGUAGGAGCAUUAGUAUUUUCGAAUGUUUCAAAAUAAUCGAACAAUGGUUAUUUUCUUUUUAGCAAAAUAAGUGAUUUCUUCAUAAUUGUGUUUCGAUUAUUUUUAUAAUGUAAAUUUCACAUAAUUCUAGUUAAUUACUGGAGUUUCUUUGUACGUAAAGGGGUUCUAAGGGCUAGGUAGGAAAGUCAAUUGGUACAAAAGAUAAUUUAUAAAACAGGUAUUUUGUUUUAGAAGCCCAUUACUGUCCAAAGAGAAAAAAUCUGUGAUAUUUCAUUACUAUAACCUGUCGUUGCGUUGGUCAAUUGUUAAUACAUAAGAGCACUUCCCUCGGAGGAUCGUGCGACUAGACAAAAAUAUAUUUUUUGACUAUUUGAGCGAAUUACAUGUAUGUUUGUGACAACAAAGCUUGCAAGUGGUUCACAAAUGUAAUAUUAUAUUAUGAUAGGUGUAAGAAUAUUUUAUUGUUAUUCAAUUUAGUUUUCAGUUUACCGCUCGGUGACAAAAUGUACCAGUUCAAAGGGGACGUAAUAGUUAUUAUCUAGGAAUCCCGAUAUAUAACUGCAUAUUAAAGAUACGAAGUAUUAAUUACACACGGGUCGAUAUGGAUUCAAGGGGUGAACAAGUCAUUUGUGCGUCUCGCAUUAGCAUGCACGGUAUUGUAUGCAUGUACAUUAUAAGAGAAAGACUGCAAUGAGUGUAUAUGUGCAUAUAUUCAUCUAAGAGAUGUAGUGUCGGAUCGCAGGUAGCUCCUGUUUUAUGUACAAAGUACUGCACCCACCUCUAACUAAACAACUGUGAUAAUAACACUAAGUAGCGUAGCAGGCGAUUUAUAUACUAGUUACGUCCAAGAGAAGGAAUGACAUCAUAUCUGACAUAUUGUAUUGUGAUAAUAAAUGUAUCGAGACGUGCACGACUUCAGCACGUGUUGAUGAAACUUUUUCUCUAAACAAGACUGAUUAUAAUUAUUUCUAAUUGAAUAUUUUAUACAUGUUUCACUUUGACUGAAUGCAUUAAGAUGUCUGUAUUUAUAUUGGUAGUAUUCUUGUGCUGUGUGUUUUCCCAAAAAUUUAUUAUUCACUAUGUUGGAUAUGUGUCAAAGCGCCUUUCUACGCGGUCACCUAAUUGAAAAUGAUAUUCGACUCCUAUGAUAGGUUGAUUUCUACUUUCUUUGUUGUGAUGGUAAACGUUGUUAACGAAUUGUGGCAGCGACAGUAUAAGAACUAACGUUAUAAAAUGUAUGUUAUUAUUUGUUGUUUUUUUUUUUUGCAAAAUUUUAUUUAUUCAACCAGAUUAUCUCAUAGACAAUCGUAGUUUCAUGCUUUACUGUGUACUAUUUAAGGAUUUAUUUUCUAAAAUUGUAGGUUUGUGAAAAAUAUACAUAGAUUUUUAAGUAUGUGGCAAUGCAGAUCUUCAUAAAUAUUGAUUCUAUAACAAAGUACAUAGUUCAUAUUUAUUCAAUUUAUAAGGUAAAUAAUAAUGAUUGGAGAGAGACUCCGUUUUAAACUGUCCCAAAGGGAAGUCUUCUGAAUGUUUCUGAAAAGUGCAUUUCUUCAAUGUAAUACAGUAUUAAAUUCCGAUUAUUAAAUUGAUGUAUGAAA